AUGAAAUACCUCAACCGACUAAGCGACAAGAUCGCUCGCAGGCCUUCCUCUAGCCGGCCGACCGACGACACUGCGCAGCUUCUCCCCUCUCCCACCAACACUUCUAGCAGUCCUGCGCCUCACCACGCCUCUAUGCCUUACGGAUUCGAGUGGUCCCCUCGCCCUAUGUCUCACGGACAGACCUGGAUGAUGUCCUUCAACACUCUUGCCCUAAGCAGAGAUUACAAACAAGCCGCAAGCAUGGUUUUGCUUGACAACCGCGAGCUCGGUGACGUCGACUUCCGUAUCAAGUGUAACGGAUGUGUCUGGAAGGUACACCGCGGUAUCUUGGCCGCCAACAGCGAGUACUUCGCCGAGCUUUUCUCUGCUCCUCAGCCCAAAGUACGCGAUAUGGUGCUUCCACACAAACAAGGCGUUGACAAGUACAGNGGCACUUAUCUCACCAUGAUCGAACUCGAGCGCUGCGAUGAUGAGGACGAUGCAGGCCGCAUCGAUCGCUACAACCCCAAGUACAUUGAAGAAGUCCUCCACUUCUUCUACAGGUUCACCAUCACUCGUCGCGUCCAGGAGAUGCCCGCCUGCGAGCGCCUCUUCUUCCUCGCCAAAGUUCACCGCACUGCUACCCAGUUCCGCGCUCCUGAUGUGGUGAAGGCGCUGACUGCCAUAAUGGGAGAUUGCCUUCCUCAGUUCAAUGGCACUCAGCAGCAGAUCAGCGGUCCCACUCUGACCGACUUCGCAAAGAUCUGUCGCUGGGUCUUCGAUCAGACAGACUUCCCUGGUCUUGUCUGGCAGUUGAAACUGUGCCUUAUCAAGUAUCUGAAGGAGAACGUCGCCUUCUUGCUUCAGUCAAAGGAGAUGUGCGAGAUGCUGCGUGACUGCAUCUUCAGUGGUCUGAACGGUGAGGGCACAGUCUCCGAGUCUGUUCCCAUGAAAAGUGAAGACCCAGUCUCCGAGUCUGUUCCUAACUAG